CUCGUGGAUUAAUCUGAAGAUGUGUUUCCUAAUUUAUGCUCUGUUGGUGAUCAGACAAGGAUGUUGCACAGAUGAUUAUAUAUUUGGGACAAAGACCGUUUCUGUUGGACAAAGUGUGACCUUGACCUGCCCUCGUGAGAAGACUCUUUCAAAUGUAGAAACUUUCUAUUGGAUGAGAAUUGUUUCUGGAAACCAGCCGGAAGUCUUGGGAGCAACAUUCACCCUUGAUGGUGACAGCACUAGUAAAACUCCUGACAUCACUGCAAAACAAGAGAAACAAACUUUUAUUCUACAUAUCAAGGAAACUAAACUGAAUGAUACCGGUCUUUACUUUUGUAUUAAAGUCUAUGCCUUGGACAUGCUGUUUUUGAAGGGAGAAUUCCUGAGGAUUAAAGGACCAGAACCAGAUACAAUUGCUGUUUCUCAAGUGUCUCCAUCUGAUCCAGUCCAUCCAGGAGAACAAAUAACUCUGGAUUGUUCAGUCUUUUCUGACUCUGAGAAGAAAACAUGUCCAUCAAAUGUGUACUGGUUCAGAGCUGGAUCAGAUGAGUCUCAUCCUAGUUUGAUUUAUGCUCAUAAAAACAGUUCUGGAGACUGUAACAGUAGUCCUGAGACUCGCUCUGCUCAGAAAUGUGACUACAGCUUCUCCAAGACCGUCAGCUCCACUGAUGCUGGGACUUACUACUGUGCUGUGGCCUCAUGUGGACACAUAUUAUUUGGAAACGGAGCUAAACUGGAGAUCAAAGACAUGUGGGAUUUACAAAUGGCCAAUAUGAUUCUCUGUCUGCUUUGUGCUGCUUUGACAACAAGUCUUGUUGUAAUAACCUUCCUCGUUUACACCCUCAAAAAGAAAAGUUGCAGUCGUUUCAAUGAUCCUGUAACGACCUGUGGUGAUCCAGAAAUUCAAGAGAGAUACGAGGACUCUGUGUUUUACUCUGCAGCGAUCUUCAGUUUGAUGAAAGCCAACAGUGCAGACAGCAGGAAUGUUUAAACAACGCAGAAGGAAGUCUACACUGAUGUCAGCGUUUUUGAUACUAAGUUUAAAUUUUCACCCCUGGAACCAGUGGAACAGUUGCAUAAUCAUUAAUCUUGUAUUUCGUAUAAUGUUAAUGUAUACCAAUAUAACUUGGAUUAUAUGUAUUAAAUGCAGUUUUAAUAUAUCAGCACAGUUUUUUUCUAAAUAAAAAGAUCUAACAUAUGAAUAAAAGCCACAUCUAUAAUUUAACAAUGGAUGUAUUCAACUAAAACUGUAUUAGUAGCUUCAUAUUUCAUGUUUUAUUCAACAGCCUCCCCUUACUUUACAAUUAAGUAGCUUCAAUCAUUGCAGAGGGCAACUUGCAUAUGUACCUUCCUAUAACUGAUCGAUUA